AUGUGUGUAACGGCGAUCAAAGACUCGCACGACACGCUGGAUCGAUGGAACGUUUCGAUUAGCUCUCUCCAACAUAUGUCGGAGCAGUUCGAAGUUGUGUUACAUGAGAGAAGGGCCCGUCAUCCUGCCAGGGGAUCGCUCGAAGGAACGCACUAUGGAGUCAUCAGCGCACAUCUUGAUCGAUUCAGCCGUGACCUGAGGAAGCUUGAGAGCAAUAUCUCGAGUACCAACCUUGCCAACCGAGCUUCAGCUUCGAAGAUCUCGUUGAGAAGCAAAGUAAAGCUUGCCUUCACAAUGGACUGGAGAGAGAACGAGCAGCUCCUCAAGUGGAUAGAUCGCCACGUCACUUUUCUUCAAAUCAACAUAGAUCUCAUAAGAGGCGUGAACGAGGAAAACAUGAAUGACAUUGAACGAGCCUUGGGGACGGGCCACGACAGUUGGAAACCCGUUCCUACACCUGAAAGCCUUGAUGAACCCAGAUUUGUAUUGGACGAUUGGUUGUCCUCUGCAGAGGGCUUAGCCAAGCAUGUUGCCAUUCAAAAGUUAGACACUGCAGAUAGGGCUACCCCUACACCAACCGAGAUGGAUUGGGACCUAAUGCACGAUACAACUGAAUUGACCUCUUCAAUCACUGUGAGCCCCGUUGAACAGGAACUACGCCUUCAUGCCACGAUGCAACAAGUGGACAAUCUGGAGGCUUCCAAGAUGCCUGUCAUUGCAUCCAAUGUUCAGCUGGAGGUUAUACGACUAUCUGACGAGCUGAACCAAGAGAAAGGACUUACGCCAACCUUCAAGGAGACAUUCCGGCUCCAAGAAAGAUAUGUGAACCUUCUUUUCAGUUCCAUCGAAAAGCAUCCUGUCUAUGGAGACAGAGCCAAGACGUACGUACGUGAGAAUAUCAUACCCAACCUGAACCAGCACGACCCGGAUUUACGCGAGGUUUGGUGGAGUGUCGGACGGAUGUUUUACACCAUGGAGGACUGUGACCAAGCAGAAUACUGGCUCCGGCGUGCGCUUCUGAAUGGCUAUAUUAGAGUCGAUAAGGAUAGCAACCACGCUGAGAUUGAACAGAUUUCCAAGAUGAUUUGCAAGAUCUACGCGAGACAAGGCCGUCCGCAGUUUGCCACUGCCCUUGGACAAUACCUAGAACACCACGUUGGAUAUGAUCCAACAAAGAUACCUGGUGAUCUCGAAAAGGCCGUCGAAUGGUGCUUGGAGCAGGGAUUUGAAGUCCACACCGAGGGAGAUGAGCUGGUAUUCACUAAAGAGAAGAACGGCAGAGGCAGAAGCGCAUUGCAUGAAGCUGCCUUGGAUACCAAGGUGAAAGAGUCCAUCAUCCCACUGUUACUGAAAGACGAUCUCCUCGCACUAAGAAACGCUAGCGGAGAUACGGCGCUUCUGCUAGCAGUCGGAAAGUCAAACACUGCAGUGGCCAGACACCUCCUCAAGACACCAUCACUAGUUCAUGUUAGAGAUCGGGAAGGCCGCACGCCGCUUCACAGGUGCUGCGAUCACAAGACAUUGAGUCUACUUCUCGAAGCUCUAAGCGGAUCGAUGCAUCGGUCAAGUCUCACGCAUGCAGACCCAGAUAGCUAUGACGCUUCAUCUCUGAUCGACAUCAACUCACAAGACGCGUAUGGCAAGACAGCGCUGAGCGCACGUGAACAUAUCAGUCAACACUGGAGUAUGCCCGAUCUUGGCUUGCUCAUCCUGCACCGGGAUAUCAUUGACGAGUAG